AGUUUGGGGCUUAACCUCAGGUCCCGUGGGUGGGGCGGUGAGUUGGGUCCUGAACAUCCACAACAUGGCCUGGUGAGAGGGCUCCUCUUGGGGAGCCCAGCGCGCUCCGGACGCCUGCUGGUUUGGGGGUGUCUCCUCCCGAAGCGGUAUGGCGGCGCUGGCCAGUAGCCUGAUCCGGCAGAAGCGGGAGGUCCGCGAGCCCGGGGGCAGCCGGCCGGUGUCGGCACAGAGGCGCGUGUGUCCCCGCGGCACCAAGUCCCUCUGCCAGAAGCAGCUGCUCAUCUUGCUGUCCAAGGUGCGACUGUGCGGGGGGCGGCCCGCGCGGCAGGACCGCGGCCCGGAGCCUCAGCUCAAAGGCAUCGUCACCAAGCUGUUCUGCCGCCAGGGUUUCUACCUCCAGGCGAACCCCGACGGGAGCAUCCAGGGCACCCUAGAGGACACCAGCUCCUUCACUCACUUCAACUUGAUCCCUGUGGGGCUCCGAGUGGUCACCAUUCAGAGUGCUAAGCUGGGACACUAUAUGGCCAUGAACGCUGAGGGGCUGCUGUACAGCUCGCCACAUUUCACAGCUGAGUGUCGCUUUAAGGAGUGUGUCUUUGAGAAUUACUAUGUCCUCUAUGCCUCUGCUCUCUACCGACAACGCCGUUCUGGCCGGGCCUGGUACCUAGGCCUAGACAAGGAAGGCCGAGUUAUGAAGGGAAAUCGAGUCAAGAAGACCAAGGCAGCUGCCCACUUUGUGCCCAAGCUCCUGGAGGUGGCCAUGUACCGGGAGCCUUCUCUCCACAGUGUCCCUGAGACUUCCCCUUCCAGUCCCCCUGCCCCCUGAGAUAUAGUCCCUGGAUCGGAGGCUCCCUGGACUCCACAUGAGCCAGCCACCACCACAGCCUGUCUCUCAGCCCUGCUCCUGACUCUGCUUCCCCACCCCUGCUGCCACACACAUGCCCUGAGCAGCCAGGUCCCACAUCUGAGGUGCUCCACCAUGAAGAAGCCUAGGGGCUGGCUGCUGAGACUUUUAGAGCCUUAGGUCCCUGAGAGGGUUAGAGAAGGGGAUCUUUAAAAACAGCCCUGACUGAUCACUUCUUUUUCCCCCCCAAAAUCACAACCCUCAAAGACUUUUCCUGAGAUAGUGCUGGGGGAGGGGGGUGUUCCAAAACUAACAAAGCCAGGACAUAAAAAUUCCCUACCCCCAGCUCAGCUCUAUACUUAUUUUCAUUGCCACUGAGCCAUAGAUUUAUAGAUCCACAGGAGCUCAGGAUGUUUCCUUCUGUCCCCACUCUACCUUUUGCCUUGGUCUGGGCAGGUUCUUGUAUACCAGACACCCCAGACAAGGCCAUUUCUGCCCCAGGGCUCUUUGAUGGAACUCAGACAUGCUACCAAGGUCUGUUUUGUAUCCAUCAGGCUUCUAUCCCUGAUGGACCCCUGGCUUACAAGUAGAAAAAGGUAGGAUUUGAGCCCUGUCUAGCUGUUGGCCUUGGCCUGAACUGGGACCAGUCUCAAGUCACCAGAGGUUUUAACCUUCUUAUCCCAGAGACAAUACUAGAGCAUGGUGUUCUAGUCCUUUAUUGGAGCCAUACUUUCUCCUUAAUCUCAGCUCUAAGACAUAGGCCAUGACUCUCAGCCCUUCUCUCCAGGAUGGAAUUAGGGCCUAUAUAGCCAUAUUAUUGCUCUAGAGUAAAUUCUAGACCCACCUUCCCACCUUCUGUAAUAAGAUCUAUUAAAGAUGAACCCUGAAAAGGACACAGUUAUGAUUCAUAAAGCCCUAAUUAGUUCUGAACCAGGCAUGGUUACAAAUGCCUGUAUUACUAGCACUCAGGAGGCUGAAGUAGGAGAUUGAAAAAAAAUUGAGGCCAUCCUGGGCUACAUGCAUAGCAAGACCCUAUGUCAAAAAUAUAAGAAUAAAGAAACAAGUAAUUAAUUCUAGUUGAGUCACGAACCACUUCUUGUUUUUCCUAGACAAUUUUCUAAAAAUCCUAUUCUUCCCUAUUUUUACAUACUGUUUCUAGUUCCUGCAUCCUAGCUGGGAUUCUGCCAGAAAAACAAGAGUCUGGGGAAGGGGUAUCAAAUUUUGGAGUGAUCCUUGGCUUAUACUUGGGAGGGAGAAAGAGCCAAAACCAUAGCAUAAUUGAACCUGCGUCUGGGUUGGGGGGGGGGGGGACAUGAACACUUAGCUACCUCAGCAGGAAUUUCUUCUAGGUCCCCUUUAAAGCUGAGGUCUUUAAUGAGUCUAGAAUAAAAAAGGACAAAUGGGACACAGCCUUGACAUUCCCCAGUAAGGAAACCCCAAUUAAGCAAUAAGUUCCACUUCUUCUUCCCUACAGGUCAGGACAAGGAGGGUGAGAACCUUUUGGGCUCUAGACCUCAUACAACUCCAGAGCUUCUGAAUAGAACUUGCUUUACCUUACAGCUUAUAACCUCAGCCUGGUUUAGCUACCCCCAAAGUACUUGAUUUUUCUGGGAAAAAAGUUACAGAGCUAGUGGCAGAUCUAGGAAAGACUGGGAACCCCAUUCAUGAACUUGGAAGGUAUUUCCUGAACCUUGGGCAGGAUCCCUAGGUAGGGGUAUACUCAAAGGCUGGUCACUUUUUCUCAGGCUCUUUUACCUCUAGCUUGUUGCAAAAAGAAGCCCCCACUCACCCACAUAUACAACUCACCCCACAGACUCCACUCAUUUCCUGGCUCUGCUCCCAGAGAACCAGGUCUCCACGCUUUCUCAAUUAAAGACGAU